ACCGAGCGCAGGCGUGCACAAGUUUAUUUAUUUAUCAUGCCAAUUGUUGUUAUAACGGGUCUGCCAGCCAGCGGCAAGUCCACGAGGGCUCGCCAGCUACAGGAGCACUUCGCCGGCCUGGGCAAGAAGGUGCAUCUGAUCAGCGAGAACGAGGCGGUGCCCAAGGCCCUGUUCGAGAAGAACUCCUUCUUCGGGGACUCGCAAAAGGAGAAGGUGGUGCGCAGCGACCUCAAGUCGGAAGCCUUGCGACACCUCAACAAGGAAGAUGUUGUCAUCCUGGACGCUGGCAACUACAUAAAGGGCUAUCGCUAUGAGUUGUACUGUCUAACAAAGUCGGCGCGUACCACGCAGUGCACGCUCUUCUGCUGCAUACCCCAGGAGCAGGCGUGGACAUUUAACGCACAGCGCCUGGAGGCGGACGAGCUGCCGGGCGACGGGCAGGCGACACAGCUGCUUAACAACUCGAAUGUGCCGUACACCCGCGAGAUUUUCGAUGCCCUGUGCAUGCGCUACGAGGAGCCGAACAGCAAUAGCCGCUGGGACAGUCCGCUCACGGUGGCCCUGCCCGAAGACAGGCUCGACGUGGAGGGCAUCUACAAGGCGCUGUACGAGACCGCACCGCUGCCGCCCAACCAAAGCACCCAGAACCCGCCUCUCUGCGCCACCAACUAUCUCUUUGAGCUGGACACCAUCAUGCAGGCCAUCAUUAAGGAGAUCCUGGGCGCCAUCAAGAUCAAGGCGUUCGGUCAACUGCGCAUCCAGGGCAGCACCAGUCCCGUCAAGGUUACCACCACGAUGAACGCCAUUCAGCUGAACCGCCUGCGGCAGAAGUUCAUCACAAGCAGGUGCCGGGCCUCACAGACGGCAGCCACACCGUUGGCCCAGGUGCCCCAGAUGUUUGUGCAGUUCAUCAAUGCCAACACGAUUGGCUGCUAGGCCUGUGAUUUCCGUGCUGUUUUUUUUUCCUUUUUGUUCUGUUUCCAAUAAAAUCUAAAGAAAUUUAAUACCGUAGAAAUUCGAACAUACCAAAA